AUGAAAAGUUUCAGGUCUGAAGAACCAUUGAGUACAACAUCAAAAAAUAAGGGAUUCACUUUUGAAAUCGGGAAUUAAAGUACAACUAGAGUACAUUAAAAGUUUAAUAGCAUUAGAAAUAAUAAAAAAUUCCAUUUCAAUUGAACUCUUUGAAUACUGAAGAGUGUGAUAAUGAUACACAUAGGAGUCAAUAGGCCUUUAAAAAGUUGAAAAACCUUGAAUUUUAAAAUGACUUAUUUAUGUUAGAAAUGUAACAUGGUCAAAGAAGAAAAGAGGCUGAAUCAAAUAGAUUAAAGUUUCAAUUAUCUUCAAUAAAAUCAGACAUUGAUUUUAUGAAAAGUCAAUUACAAUCUCCAGUUGCAAAGGUCAACACUAAACGCAAACGAUCUUAAUCAAUCGAUAGUGAAUAAUCUUCAGAUAGAAGUAGCAGUAGUAGUAGUGAUAAUAGUUAUGUCAAAUGUCCAAUAAAGUUUAAACAUUAUGAACCUAUAUAAAAAGAUUAAAUGAAAAUAGAUAGGUAUAAGAUAAUAUAUAUUUAGUUUUGAAACAAUAGAGAAUAGAUUUAAACAAUUAUUUUAAAUAAGUGAUGUAAAUGAUAAAUUAAAUUGGAUGAUAAGAUAAUAUUUCAAUUCAUACCAUUCAAUUUAAUUGGAUUUAUAAAAUAAUUUAUUACCUCUAUUAUUAGAUAAUACAUUGAAAUUAUUAAUUGAAAUAAUAGAGAAACUAAAUUCAAUAAAAUUGGAUACUUUAUAAUUUAAAUCAUAUGAUCCAUUUUCAAAUGGAGAUAAAAAUAAUAAAAGAUAUUCAAGUGAUUUAGAUAUUGAAACUAUUAAUUAAGAAUAUUAAUUUUAAGUUAAUCAUACAUAAACAGAUUAUUGUUAAAAAUUUAAUGAAUAGCUUUAAAAGAAUUAAUUUUCAACUCCAUAAUAUAAAUAAUAAUAAUAAUAAUAAUAAGUAGAAUAAAAACAAUCAGCUAGAUAAUUAUCAAAUAUGAUGAAAUCUAAACCAGAUUCUAGUUGUUAAACAAGUAAUAAUUAAACUCUAGAUAAAAAGGUUAGUAUUAGUGAAAGAAGUUAAAAAAAAACAAGUAAUUGAUUGUAUAUCGUUGUAGCUUAGAAGACCUAAUUGAUGCCUAGUUUAAAGAAUAGACAAAAAUGA